AAACAGCGACUAGCUUAUUAAUUCUCUUAAGUACAAUUUACAAAGUUUUGGAUGCAAGCCGUCUUUGGAUUGAGGACAUCGUUAGCAGAGCAAAUGACACAGGGGGACGAAUGGGGAAAUGGGUGGGGGAAGCAGGGCUAACUUGUAGGACAGACACUGAGCCCUCUCUCCCUUGGGGCGCAGCCUCCAGCAGUCGUAGGGCCUUUCACCAACUUCUCUGGAUGUCAGUGAUCAGUCAUUCUUCAACACUCCGUGGUGCAGAAGAAGACCCUGCUCUCCAAGCAUGGUGUCUGCAGUGACCGUCUCUCAAUCAGGGUGCCCUGCUUUGCUCAGGGGCCAGACGCACUGCAGAAGGGCCCUGGUGGAAUCUGGUGGCUGCAGCCAGGAGCGACCCCAGCCCUGAGGCUCAUGCUGCCUCCACUACACUGGCUCGGGGGCUCCCACCCCGAGGCGGGCUCUGUGCUUGGCUGCUGUUCAGCCGGCGCUGCCCCUCCGCCUCCCCCCCCCCCCGCCCCCUAUCCCUGGAGACUCCGUGGCUGCUGGAGCUGGAGGUGGAGCCGAGCCCUCUGCCGACUGGCAGGAGGGAAAGUUCGGCAGAGGCGGGAGCAGCACAGCUGAGGGACCCCGCCCGGCUGUCAGCAGGGCUGCUGGGUGGUGGCGCUGAGCGGUACGCGGUGCUUGCAGAAGGGGGCGGUACUUUCUCUCUGGACCCUGACUGGAAGCCCAGUGCGACUCCAGGGCAGUCACCAACAGAAGCAGAUGUGCGAGCCCAGCAGCUGUGUGUCUCUCUUUCUGCCCAGACUCUUUUCCAUUACAAGGAGAGAAGCCAGGAUCGUUUUAAACCACUGAAGGACUUAUGUAGCCCUCAUCCGUGCAGAUCUUAGCCGACAGGUCCUGUCUACAUUCAGGGUGACUUUCACUCAUCAGCUAAGCCUCUCUGGAAACAUCCUCAUAGCCCUGCUCAGAGGUGUGUCUUCUAGGACCCCCUCGUCUUCGGCACAGCAGGAAGGCUAUGAUGGGAGCAAAUGAAAGAACUUGGAGGAUCCACUUAAUCGAUUGUUUCUGCCUAGAAGAUCUUCUUUUGGAAGCAGGAGAGCCGUCUUACGUAAUGGUUGACUUCCAAAGGCAGGCCGCCUUCUAGAAGGAAAUGGAUGAAAUUGGUCCAGGGGACUUCAGAGGCACUGCGGUGUAACCAGGAAAGCCCUUGUGUGGGGCCUUCCCGGCGCCCUGGGAUGCUGCACACGCUGGACGCAUGGCCUGCACCUGAAUGAGGAUGGUCCGUCGUGGGCUGCUAGGGUGGAUUUCUCGGGUAGUGAUUCUUCUGGUUCUGCUCUGCUGUGCCAUCUCUCUCCUCUACAUGUUAGCCUGCACCCCAAAAGGCGACCAGGAGCAGCUGGCACUGCCACGGGCCAAUGGCCCCACGGGCAAAGAUGGCUACCAAGCUGUGCUGCAAGAGCGUGAGGAACAGCAUCGCAACUACGUGAACAGCCUUAAGCGACAGAUCGCGCAGCUCAAGGAUGAACUGCAGGCACGCAGUGAGCAGCUCCGCAGCGGGCAGGACCAGGCCAGCGAUGCUACCAGCCUGCGCUCAGGCUGGGACCCUGCACCGAAAGCCCAGGCCGAUCUGCUGGCCUUCCUGCGCGGGCAGGUGGACAAGGCCGAGGUCCAUGCAGGUGUUAAGCUGGCCACCGAGUAUGGUGCCGUGCCUUUCGAUAGCUUCACCCUACAGAAAGUAUACCAGCUGGAGACUGGCCUGACCCGCCACCCUGAGGAGAAGCCGGUCAGGAAGGACAAGCGCGAUGAGUUGGUGGAAGCGGUCGAAUCGGCCCUGGAGAGUCUGAACAGCCCCGUGGAGAGCAGCCCACACCAGCGUCCUUACACAGCUGCAGACUUCAUAGAAGGGAUAUACCGAACAGAAAGGGAUAAGGGCACUUUGUAUGAGCUCACCUUCAAAGGGGACCACACCCAUGAAUUCCAGCGCCUUGUCCUGUUUCGGCCCUUUGGCCCCAUCAUGAAAGUGAAAAAGGAAAAGCUCAACAUGGCCAACACACUUAUCAACGUUAUUGUGCCCCUGGCGAGGAGGGUGGACAAGUUCCGGCACUUCAUGCAGAACUUCAGGGAGAUGUGUAUCCAGCAGGAUGGAAGAGUUCAUCUCACCGUUGUUUACUUUGGGAAAGAAGAAAUGAAUGAAGUCAAAGGAAUACUUGAAAACACUUCCAAAGCUGCCAACUUCAGAAACUUCACCUUUAUCCAGCUGAAUGGAGAAUUUUCCCGGGGGAAGGGACUGGAUGUCGGAGCCCGCUUCUGGAAGGGAAGCAACGUCCUGCUGUUUUUCUGUGACGUGGACAUCUACUUCACCUCUGAGUUCCUCAACACGUGCAGGCUGAACACACAGCCAGGGAAGAAGGUAUUUUAUCCCGUUCUAUUCAGUCAGUAUAACCCUGGCGUAAUCUACGGCCAUCAUGAUGCAGUCCCACCCCUAGAGCAGCAGCUGGUCAUCAAGAAGGAAACGGGGUUUUGGAGGGACUUCGGGUUUGGGAUGACUUGUCAGUACCGCUCAGACUUCAUCAACAUAGGUGGGUUUGACCUGGACAUCAAAGGCUGGGGUGGUGAAGAUGUGCACCUGUACCGGAAGUAUCUCCACAGCAACCUCAUCGUGGUCCGCACACCUGUUCGGGGGCUAUUCCACCUUUGGCAUGAGAAGCGCUGUGUGGAUGAACUGACCCCCGAGCAGUACAAGAUGUGCAUGCAGUCCAAGGCCAUGAAUGAGGCUUCCCACGGGCAGCUGGGGAUGCUUGUCUUCCGGCAUGAAAUAGAGGCUCACCUUCGCAAACAGAAGCAGAAAGCGGGCAGCAAAAAGACAUGAUUUCCCAGGCACAGAUUAGUGGAGACAUUUAAGUUGUUUGCCUUUGGCGGUUGCUGAAAAACUGGAUGCAAUAAGGUAUAGACUUCCACACAGAGCGACAAAGAAUCUGGCUGAUGACUUAGACAUGAAAGGAGCGAGUCUCCGGUUCCUGUGGGCUCGGAGUGUGGUGACAGUGACUGUGUUUACAGCAGAAUGAUCUCUCUGCCCCUGCACACUGAAAUAUUCACAACCUCAGACAAGCUUUGAAAAAAUUCACUAGAAGAGAUGCAAGCGUUCUGGCUUCUCUUCUUAGGGAUGGUUAAUUCAGAGGGCUCUGGUGUCCAGGACUAACAACAUCUCAGAAGGAGCAGAGAGGACCUGCAGGCAAGGAGAUCGAGCAUGAGCGCCCUUCAGGGGACAGGGAGCAAAAUCAAAGGGACCUGGGAACAAACUGUCAAUAUUGUCAUCCCCCCAAUAUUAGCCAAAAAAAACCCUCUCUUUUCAGUUAUCAUUUAGUUACUAUUCUGAAAAUGCACUUUCCUUGUAUUAUUCUUAUUUAAUUACCUAUUUGCAAGACUUAGUAGGAGCACAUUGUAGUAUAUAUACUUUUAUGAUUUUAAGAUUUGUUUUUAUUUUUUGUUGAUUUUCUUGGUUUGUUUAUUGGAGAGAGUCUUGACACAGACCCUGAGCUAACUUUGAAAUAAUGAUCCUCCUCCCUUAGCAGCCCGAGUGCUGAAAUUAUGGUUAUGCACCAGCAUAUCUGGCAAGAAGGUACCUAUAGAGGUGUGCGAAGAGAGGUACCUAUAGGGUGUGUGAUGAGAGGUACCUAUAGAGGUGUGUGAAGAGAGGUAUCUAUAGAGAGAGGUAUGUGAUGAGAGGUACCUUUAGAGAGAGGUGUGUG